GUGCAGUCCAUCCUAGAAUUCUUCAACACACCCAGAAGGGGAGGUCUACUUCCGACGCUCGAGCCCACAACUCAACAAUAACCCAGGCCACUGGAAUGCAGACAGUGCUGGUUACUUCUACACCCAUCGUCUGAUCGAAUGAUUCAACAAUGAGGCCAUGGCCCGACAGUCUGGCAGAGUCCCCGUGCCCAACUUUACUAGUCCACGAUCUCAAUACAUUCGCGAGAAAGGGACAGGCCUAUUCUACAACGUCCGCUUUGUCUUCUGGAGACAUCUCCCGGUGAGCCUUGGUGCGCACAAUAUAGAUUUGCCGUACGUGUGGUGGUUGGUUCGCUUAAUUUUCGACGCCCAUCCAUGGUUAAAGGUGAAAUCAUUAAACAAAGUGGAUAUAUCAUCAAGUUGAUCAAACAACUGAAAUUCUGGUCCCGGCAGAGGUGGAAUACCAGUCGUAUUAUAGGAAAUAAAUGAGGCUAAA